AUGGAUUCAGCACAAUGGUUGAUGGAUCUUGCCAGCUCCAUCACAUGGUGCUUUGCAAGUGCAGUGAGCAAUGAAUACUUUCCAAAUGCAGGCUUGCAGCAGCGCGCAGAGGAAGAUGAGGAGAUCACCCCACUCUCCGGCGACCGACCCUUCUUCACCGCCGUCAUGUGCAAGACCCACGUCCAGAAGCCCUAUGUGCUGAUCAUCCCGACCCACUUCCAGCGCCGGCUACCGGCGAGGCGCGCGGCGGUGGUGCUCCGGUGCCGCGGGAGCUCGUGGAUCAUGAGCUACUGCGGUGACACCAAGCUGAAGAGACUCGACCAGGGCUGGGCGGACUUCGCCGUCCAGAACCGGCUGCAGGUCGGCGACGCGUGUGUGUUCGAGCUGGUGUCCGGGUAUGCUGGAGAUGGCGGCAACAGGGAGGUGGUGCUGGAGGUGCAGGUGCUUCGAGGUGGUGGCCUGCCGGAGCCUGAGGAUCUCGCCACCAAAGGAGACACCGCCGAGGAGGCCAUCGCCAUCUUGGACUAG